UCCUUUCCCCAAAACUCCCAUCAAUCAUUCUCAUUGUCUCCGUCUUCUUUACUACCAUGCACUGUGUCUCAACCAGCAACACUUGUUUCCUCUGUUAUUCUCUUCGAAGUUCUUCAAAGCCCUUGAACCUUCAUUUUUUUGUGCGGUGCUUUUCAGCAGACGAGAAGAUCCUUUCUGUUGCACUCUCUUGUUCCUGCUACGGUGCUGCCUUCUGAAGCUGCAGUGAUUAUGGCGGAGAUUUGCCAAAAAUGUGGUGACAAGGGUUAUUUGGAUUGUCUAAUUUACUGUUCCCAGUGUAAAGUGGCCGUUGAGCAUCUCUACUGCUUAGACAACAGGCCUGAUCGAGAUGUAUAUGUCACUUGGUUAUGUGAGCAAUGUGCACCUAGGUCCUCAUCUCCCUUAAACAGGCUUAGUUUACACCCGGUCAGGAGGAGUAAACGUCUUAGGAUUAGGAAGAGGAAAAAGAUUUGGAAGAGGAAAGAUGUAUUGAAUUUCUCAAAAACUGAGACAAAUGUGCAGAAUUGCGACUCUACUGCACUACAAUCUCAUAACCUUUGUUUGAAGGGAGACACACAGAUGAAUGAAGAUAUGCCUGAUCCUUCUGGGGUAACAACUGAUCCUCUUCCAUGUAAGGGAAACUAUGAACACUUUUCUGAUGAUAAUUGUGAAGAAGGAGCUAAGAAGUCGAAAAAACAGGGAAGAAAAUUGAUACUGGAUGAUGAGGGGAUUUCAGAAGAGGAUACUGGAUCUGCUGAAGACGGAAACUCUCCAGUAGCUUCAGAUGUCAGGAUUGCUCCUUUUAGUCUUUCAAGCCAUAAGCCAUCUCCUUUUGAUCUUCCUGCUGAGGUAACAGCUGAUCCUCUUCAAUGCAAGGUAAACUUUGAUCAACACUUUUCUGAUGGUAAUCAUGAAGGAGCUAAGGAGUCGAAAAAGCUGGGAAGAAAAUUGAUACUGGAUGAUGAGGAGAUUUCAGAAGAGGAUACUGGAUCUGCUGAAGACAGAAACUCUCCAGUAGCUCCAGAUGUCAGGAAUGCUCCUUUUGGUAUUUCAAGCCAUAAGCCAUCUCCAGAACAUGGUUACUAUGGCCCUGCACAGCCGGUCAUUGAUCCUGUCUGGAGGGGAUGCUUUAGCAUGUGUAAUGAAAAGUCUCGUAAAGAAGUAGGUGUUGUUGCCCAUUUAUCAAACAAAGCAUGCUUCAAGGUGUUAGAGGGGACAAAUGCACUGCCAGUUUUUCUUGGAUUAGAAAUGCUGCCAAGGCCUUAUGCCUGGCCCAAGAGUUUCAGUAGAAUGUCCCCCACUGAUGACAAUAUUGGUCUUUAUUUCUUCCCUGAAAGCAAACGAGACAAAGCAGUGUUCAAUUGGCUUCUUUAUGAAAUAAUUGAUCGGGACCUUGCGCUGAAAUUUGUGACUGAUAAUGCAGAGCUCCUAAUCUUCUCGUCUCUUCAAUUGCCACCACUAUUCCAGAGAUUUCAUGGAGAGUGUUAUCUCUGGGGUGUAUUUAGGGGGAAGCAAGUUUCACAUCCCCCACAACCUGCUGAGCAUCUUUUGAUUCGAGAUAGCGGCAUUGAGUGUGACCUGCCAUCCAUGACAGCAGAUGAUUUUGGCAGUCAAAAAGGGAGGUGCCCCAGUAAGACGUGGAGCCAGUGGAGUCCUCUUAGUCCUUUUAGCAGCUAUGGUUCUGGUUCACCACAUUCUCCUUUGCAUCAGAAAGCCAAGCCGUCUGGCUUUUCUGUAUUUGCUUGUCCUGACAUUAUUGAGAAGGCAGUUGAUAAUGAACAGGACCUGGAGAAGCAGAAUGCAUAUGAAAAAGUGGAAGAGCGACAUGCAUAUGAAAAACAGCAUGAAUAUGAAGAAGGGGAGGUGAAGAUGAAAGAUUGUGAUGUGGUUUUAUUACACAGUGGAGGGCCAUGGCUUGAUUCCUUGGACGCAAGCAAGGAAAAUAUUGGUUUUGAAGGAUCCUGUUUGGAGUUGUUUCCAUUAGAGAUGGAAGAUAUUGCUGUUGUUUCAAAAGCGAGAGGCAGUAGUGAUGUUGACCUGGAGUUAGCAUUAGGUCGAUCUGGUUGGGAGGAUUCCAAAAGUAGGUCACCUGGGUGUAAGCAGCUGAUAAGUAAAUGUUGCACUCUUGGUCUAAGUAACACGGCAUUUUAAGAGUUCACACUAUGACUCUAAGGUGUGUAUGCCGUUCCUUGUGCUUAAAAUGGUUGACAUAGGGCAGCCUUGGGGACACAGAAAAGCUGUUCUAGUCUCCUUUCGAUGCCAAAAAGAGUUCAUUGACAUGUUAUCUGUUUUGGCCUUGGCUAGCAAAAUACUGCAAGUGUUGUCAUGAUAUAUCUCCUGGGCCCCCUCUUAUUGUUAUGAUCUGG